AUGUCGUGGCUGUCCAGUCGAGUCCUCGUCGCUUCAAUAGCCGUUGCCGUAGCUAUUCUUUUAUCACCAGUUUCCGUCAUGGACAUGGCCACCAAGACAAAAGCGUAUCUGCAGGCAAGCUUCUCAAACACAACUUCGGCCACCCCCAAGACCAAACCCCCCGUCUACUUCUUUAGCCACGGAGGCCCCACUGUCCAAUACGACACAGACCACGCGGCGUACCCGGUGCUGCAGCAGAUCGGCAAAGAAAUCACCCAAAAGGUGAGGCCCAAGGCCGUUGUCGUGUUUUCCGCGCACUGGGCCGGCGAAGGGGACGAGAUCCACGUGAACAAGGAUGAGCAGGCCGACUUGAUAUACGAGUUGAGUUUCUUCUACGGAUUCCCCGACCAUUACUACCAGGCCAAGUACCCGAACAAGGGCGACCCCCAACUCGCCAGCAAGAUCAUGCUGAUGCUGUCCGAAGCCGGCAUUGCGAGCCGUGGUGCGAGCCGCGGCCUGGACCACGGCGUCUGGUCCGGCUUCAGCGUCGCAUUCGACCCUGAGACCAACCCGCUCAACGUGCCCCUGGUACAGGUGUCGCUGUUCAAGUCGGAAUCGCCAUCCGCGCACUAUGCCCUCGGCCGCGCCGUGUCGGCCCUGAGAGACGAGGGCGUCGUCAUCAUCGGCGCGGGCAUGUCGGUGCACAACCUCGCCGACUUGUACACUCUCUUGGAGGGAAACACCACGCCGCUGCCGUACACGGUCAGCUUUGAUAAUGCCCUCAAGGAGGCUGUCGAGGCGGAUCCCGAGCUGAGAGAGGACAAAAUGGCGGCUGUGUGCAAGAGGCCCGAUGCGCGGCAAGCCCACCCCUACAUGGACCAUCUGAUGCCCGUCUUUGUUGCGGCCGGCGCGGCGUACGAGGACAAGGCGCAGCAGACGUGGACUCUUCACGAGGGCAGCAUGGGCUGGGCACAGUAUCGCUUCGGCCAUGUACCCCAAUGA